AUGAGCGCCGAAGUGGUCGAUGCCAAUCCCUACAGUCGACUGAUGGCCUUACAGCGAAUGGGAAUUGUGAAAAACUAUGAGGAAAUUCGCACCUUUACAGUGGCUGUAGUGGGCGUGGGCGGUGUCGGUAGUGUCACCGCGGAGAUGCUCACCCGUUGUGGCAUCGGCAAGCUGAUACUCUUCGACUACGACAAGGUGGAGAUGGCCAACAUGAAUCGACUGUUCUUCCAGCCGAACCAGUCGGGUCUGAGCAAGGUGGAAGCCGCCAAGGAAACGCUCAGCUUCAUCAACCCCGACGUCACCUUUGAGACGCACAACUACAACAUCACCACUGUGGCCAACUUUGAUCACUUUAUGAGCCGCUUGAAGGAGGGCAGUCUGACCGGUGGUCCGGUGGAUCUGGUGCUCAGCUGUGUGGACAACUUUGAGGCAAGAAUGGCCAUUAAUACGGCCUGCAAUGAACUGGGCCAGACGUGGUUUGAGUCGGGCGUUUCGGAGAACGCUGUUUCUGGGCACAUUCAGUUUAUCAAACCUGGAGAGACGGCCUGCUUUGCGUGCGCCCCACCGCUGGUGGUCGCCUCGAACAUUGACGAGAAGACGCUGAAGAAGGAGGGCGUCUGUGCGGCCAGUCUGCCCACCACCAUGGGCAUCGUCGCCGGCUUUCUGGUGCAGAACACGCUGAAGUACCUGCUUCGCUUUGGUACCGUCACGCGCUACCUAGGCUACAAUGCACUGCAGGACUUUUUCCCCUCUUACGGCAUGAAGCCUAAUCCAAGCUGCGAUGAGUCCUUCUGCGUCAAACGGCAGAAGGAGUUUGCCGUGGCUGUAGCCGCUGCCGCCAAAGUGCCGACCGUUGUCGCCGAAGUGGAGGAUGAUGCCGUCCUGCACGAGAACAACGAAUGGGACAUCAGUGUGGUCGACGAGACGGUCCCCGAAGAGGAGAACCUCGAAGUUGCCCAAGGAAUCGCCCUGUCCUACUCAAGGCCCGCCGAAGUGGAAGGUGGUGGUGAUAUCAGCAAGCAAGCACCAUCCGUCCCCACCUCCACAGCCAAUGAGCCGUCCCUUGAAGAGCUGAUGGCGCAGAUGAAGAGGCUGUGA